AUGGGGCGUGUUAAACUGGAGAUUAAGAGAAUAGAAAACAACACCAAUCGCCAGGUUACAUUUUCAAAGCGUAGGAAUGGGCUUAUUAAGAAGGCUUAUGAACUUUCCAUCCUUUGUGACAUUGAUAUUGCUCUUAUCAUGUUCUCUCCAUCAGGCCGACUAAGCCAUUUUUCUGGCAGGAGAAGGAUUGAGGAUGUCUUUACGCGUUACAUUAAUCUCCCUGACCAAGAAAGAGAACAUGCUCUGAUUUUCCCCGACCAAAUCAGACAUCCUGACAUCCAAAACAAAGAGUACUUGCUUAGGAUUCUCCAGCAGCUAAGAAGUGAAAAUGAUAUUGCUCUACAACUUGCCAACCCUGCAUCUUUUAGCUCUGAUUUUGAGGUAAUCCAACAAGAAAUUGUAAGGUUACAGCCACAGCUUCAAAUGGCAGAGGAACAGCUAAGGGCAUAUGAACCUGACCUUCUCAGGCUCACGUCCAUGGGGGAGCUUGAAUCCUGUGAGAAACAUCUUGUUGACACAUUAGCAAAUAUUGUGCAAAGAAAGGAAUAUUUAUUGAGCAACCAUUUAUCUUCUUAUCAUCCAUCUCCUAUACAGCAAGGGCUGCCUCCAUCUUUCGACAAUGAGGUUGUCAACUGGCUACCUGAUGGUGGUCAGAACCAAUCCCAAAUCUUUGAUGCUUCAUCAGCUUUAAAUCAACUCAGGGAUCUUUCGUCUACUGUUUACGAUCCAUUGUUGCAAGGAAGCAUUUCAAAUCCAAAUGGCGAAGAUUUCCAACCCUGGCCUCAGCCUUUUGUUUCUACACCAACCUUAUAUUCCCAUGUCCAGCAUGGAAUGGUGGGUCCGGAAAUGACAGAAAUGAUGGCAAACGAGCAGAUGGAGAUCCCAGGGAACAACAGUUCACAUGGUCAGGCAGCAGAAAAUGGAGGGUCAAAUUAUGAGAACAGAGUUCCACAACUCAAUGGGCAAUGACGCAAACCCUUGGCUCCAUGCCCUCGAUGAGCUAAAACAACUGCACCUCAAUUCUCAAUUCCUGUUGUAAUACUCUAAACCUGGGCCAAGCUUCCUCCACAUAGAUGCAUGCUUUGUAAUGCAAA